GUGUGUGUGUGUGUGUGUGUGUGUGUGUGUGUGUGUGUGUGUGUGUGUGUGUGUGUUUCAGAAUGUUUCGCACAGAGGUAAGCUUGUUCAUCUAAAGUGUGGUAGUGUGGUGAGGGCUGGUGUGUGGCGCGGACGUGGUGGUGUUAGUAGUAGUAGUAGUAGUGGUAGUAGUAGUAGUAGUAGUAGUAAUAGCAAUACUUCCUGUGUUGAAGAUACUACUUUUCAAAAUGUUCCCAGUAAUUCAUCAUUCAUACACUAAAACGAAAGAAAGAAAAAGAAAACUAGAAAAAAAAAUUAGAAUAAAACAACUGAAUGCAGAAAACACUCAGAAAACGACAAGUUCGUUCUUUGUUCUUCCUUUGUUAUCGUGAUUUGUGAUGCGCUUCUAUUGAACUACUACUACUACUACUACUACUACUACUACUACUACUACUACUACUACUACUACUACUACUACUAAACUCCUCAAACCAUCACCUGUAGCCUCUAAUUAACCGGACUUACCUGUAAUUUCUGAUCAAUUUCCUGGAUUUCCGAAAGCUCAGUUGUGAUGUGCAGCCACCAAGGAGGAAGAAAAGGAGGAGGGGGCUGGAAAAUGUGGGGGGCGCAAUGCCUUGGAAAAUUAAAAGGAGCGGCAUCCCAAAUCGGUCUCUACUCCUUCUUCAUCCUCUACACGGCUGGGGGGGCGCUGGUGUUUCGUGCCCUUGAACACCCGCACGAGGUGGAGGAGCAAGCCGUGGCAGCGCGGGGCCUUAUCGAGGGACGCAACAGACUACUGGAGGUGCUUGCCAACGCCUCCACGCCCUCCCUUGUCAUGCGCAAGGCGAGGGCUUCGGAGGAGCUGGGGCGGUACGAGGCGAGGCUGGUAGAGGCUGUGGGUGUGGGCGUUUCAGUCACCACGCCCUCCACGCCCAAUUACAGCUGGCAGUUUGCUGAAAGUGUCUUCUUCGCCUCUACCAUUGUGACGACCAUUGGCUACGGUAAUCAAGCUCCCGUGACAUUCUGGGGCCGUCUGUUCUGCAUUCUCUUCGGGUUCAUUGGCAUUCCUGUGACUCUUUCCGUCAUAUCAGAGCUGGGGACCUUCUUCGCUAACUUGGUGUCCCGUGUUUACUUCAAGCUGCGUGACUUGGUGAACUGUGGGCUGGCUGAUAAGUGGUUGGCAGCGUGUGGGAGUCUGGGAGACAAGGGUAGCAAGGGUGCGGCAGUGGUGGGCGCGGUGGGUGCCCUGCUGAUCUACAUGGGCGUGGGCGGCGCCUUCUUUACCCUGUGGGAGGACAACUGGUCUUUCUUUGAGGGGUUUUACUUCUGCUUUAUCACUAUGACCACUGUGGGACUGGGAGACCUGGUGCCUGCUCGCACGGAUGUGAUGCUUAUUUGCACUGUUUAUAUCUUGGUGGGUCUGGCUAUCACCUCCACCAUCAUAGAGUUGCUAAGACGUCAGUAUGCAGAGAGCUGGAGACAAAUGAAGGAGUUGAGUGGUCGUCUUGGUGAGCUAUCAGGACCACUCUCAGACGUCCUACGCAAGCUCGGGGACCACGCUGGGGACCUUUCCGUGGAUGUGCGUCUGCCAAAGGACCUCCUGGAUCUACGGCACGCGCUGCAGCUGUCACAGAGGUUGGAUGACCUUACAAGAGGUGACCCUGGCCUUAAAAAUGACUUAAAUGACCUUAAACUCCUUGACCUCUUGAAGCAGCAAUUGCGGGGAUCAGGGAGAGGAUCAAGUGUUGGGAAGGAGGGGGAGGGGCCCUUCUUACUCCCUUCUUCCUCGUCCUCUUCCUCCUCCAUAUCUUCCUCUUCCUCUUCCUCUUCUUCUUCUACUGUUCCAUCUGCAGCCAAAGGAAGAACAGUUUUGCAAGUUAUUAUAUAUGAGAGUUCUGUUUGAUUUUGUUCUUGUUCAUGUUCUUUUUCUGUCUCAUUUCUUCUUAUUGUUGUUGUUCGUCCUUAUUUUCCUUUUCUUUUCUUUUUUCUUUCCCCUUCUCUUGUUCUUCUUAUUCUUA